UUAGUGGGCUAUUUGGUCGGCCGUUUUUCGGUAUUUUGGCCGUUUUUUUUUUUUUCUGUAAAGUUGGAAAAAAAUCGGCCGAUUUUGCAGAUCGGCCGAUUUUCGCGGCAAUUGGUGGGCAAAUCGGCCGAUUUUUUGCCGAUAAAAAAUCUGCGCAUGAGCAGUGACCUGCAAGAGGAAGACAAAAAGAGGAUGAGGAUGAAGAAGAGGAUGAAGAAGAAUGAAGAAGAGGAUGAAGAAGAGGAUGAAGAAGAGGAAGAAGAGGAUGGAGGAGGAUGAGGGUGAAGAAGAGGAUGAGGGUGAAGAAGAAGAAGAGGACGGGGAUGAGGAUGUAGAAGAAGAG